CUUAUGAUAUUUGUCGAUUACGCGGGUUCUGUUUUUCCAUUUGUUGCUCAUUCCCCAUGGCAUGGUGUACGUUUGGCUGAUUUUGUGACACCAUUUUUUCUCUUUAUUGCCGGGAUAUCUCUUUCACUUGUAUACAAGAAAACAUCAAACAAAUUACGAGCAACACAGCAAGCAGUGCUGAGGGCACUAGAACUUUUCCUGCUUGGCAUUCUUCUGCAGGGCGGCUACUUUCAUGGAGUAAAUUCUCUAUCAUUUGGUAUUGAUGUCGAAAAGAUCCGUUGGUCUGGUAUUUUGCAGAGGAUAGCUGUUGGGUACGUUGUUGCUGCUGUAUGUGAAAUAUGGUUGUCAAAUACUCCGAGGAAUGCAGGGCACGUUGGUGUUUUUUUCAGAAACUAUUUUCUCCAUUGGAUUGUUUUGGUCUCAUUAUCCGGAAUAUACUUGGGUCUGCUAUAUGGCUUGUAUGUACCAGAUUGGCAAUUUGAAGUUCAACAAGCUAACCUGUCAGAUUUUUAUAAGAAUAGUACUUAUAUUAUUAAAAAGGUUACUUGUGGGGUUAGAGGUGACCUUGGCCCGGCAUGCAACUCUGCUGGAAUGAUUGAUCGUUAUGUCCUUGGCAUUGAACACCUGUACAAGAAAUCAGCCUACAGAAAUCUAAAGGUUUGUCAGAAUACUGAUGGUGGUGGCUUCUCAGAUAACCUGCCUUCAUGGUGCCAAGCACCAUUUGACCCUGAAGGGAUUUUAGGAUCCUUUAUGACUGCGGUGACUUGCAUCCUUGGUCUUCAAUAUGGCCACAUCCUUGUGCAGUUGGAGGAUCAUAAGGAUCGCCUCAAACAUUGGUUGCAAUUUUCCAUUUCAGUUUUUUCAUUUGGUUUAUUUCUUUAUCUUAUAGGUGAUCCCCUGAACAAACAGUUAUACACUGUUAGUUACGCCCUUCUAACAACAGGCUCAGCAGGCCUCACUUUUUGUGCUCUGUACGUUCUGGUAGAUGUUGGUGGAUACCGUUGCCUUACAUGCAUUUUAGAAUGGAUGGGGAGGCAUUCUCUGAGUAUCUUUAUUCUUGUACCAUCUAACAUAGCUAUCAUUAUUCUUCAAGGAUUUUAUUGGAGAACCCCCAAAAACAACAUUGUUCACUGGGUCUUAUCCUUCACUGCUCACAGGUAACUUGUUUGUAUAGUGAAAGUUCAAGCUCUUUUUAAGGCCUUACAGGUAACUUGUUUGUAUAUUGAAAGUUCAAGCUCUUUUUAAGGCCUUUUCUUCUUAUAUUUAAUGCGGACAAUGUAUUCCAACAUUCUGUGUCAUAUUUGUUAAAUUUACAUAAUUUUUUUUUAAUAUAUCACACGGAAUUAUAUGAUCAUGUUAGGGUUUAUAAAUAAAGAAGAUUCACUACAAA